AUGUUCUGUCUUUGGGAACGCCUCAAGCGACUCCGCCAUUUGUUAUAUGACUGGAGUAGGGCAGGCACCACCAACUCAUUUCGGAAUAUCAAAACUCUCCAGAGUGAAAUUGAGAUGGUGAAACUUGUCCAACCUAUUAACUGGGACGAAGUUAGAAAUCUAGAGAUGGAAUUGAAUCGUCAGUGGGAGGCGGAGGAGGCGUAUUGGCAACAGAAGUCUGGGGUUCACUGGCUGAAGAAGGGUGAAAAAAAUACGGCCUACUUUUAUACAGUGACCAGAGUUCGGCGUAAAAGAAACUUUGUUGAAGGCCUUCGUAGGGAGAAUGGGGAGUGGGUUACGGAUGAGAGUGAGAAGGCUAAUAUUGCAACAUCUUUUUAUCAGCAUCUCUUAACCACAAAGAAUCAGGUCGAUAACAUGGCUGAGCGUAUCGCAGAUUUACCUAUUGCUCGGAAUGUAACUCCUAAGAUGAACGCUAGCCUAACGGCUGAAGUCCUCCCUAGUGAAGUUCGUAAAAUGGUGUUUGCAAUGGGGUCGAAGCAGGUGCCUGGGUCGGAUGGUUUCACUGGCAAAUUCUUCAAAACCUUCUGGGAUGUUGUGGGUCCUUCGGGUGGUGGACGCGGUGUGUUCGUUCUUUGUGACAAGUCGAAUACUCCAUAG